AAGACACCAUCUCCAGUUUCCGACCCCCCACGCCUCUGAACUUUGUGGAUUCAACGCACCUCAGCCCGUAUAUUCCUGUUAAUGAUAAUUCCAAUAGGUCUGCAACCGGCAGUCCCACGUGGAAACCCAAAAGUACCACCAAUAAGAUCAACAAAUCACAGACCAACGACUCCAACGCAACCUCGACGUCCAGUCCUCCCAAUCCGUCCAAAACCAUCACCAAUUCGUCUACAGAUUCGAUUUCCAACACCACCUCCUUCCUCCUCAAGAAGAGCAAGAGCCAUAGCUCUAAGGAGUCGAGAAAGGGCACCAACACGUUGGCAAAAGCUUUUGACAGAAUGAACGUUUUGUCCUCAAAUGGACAAACCAAUCCGCAGAACCAUGAGACAAACCCGCCCAUGUCGAUGGCUUCCACGUAUUCCAACCACAUGAAGCUGCACCGGUCCAACUCAGGAUCCAUGAAGAGUAGGCCGGUUUCGCCCAGCCCUCAGCUGCCCAUGAUGUCUCCCAAACCCAUUUCGUUGUUCAGAGCUGAAAAUUCAAAACCAAUGACCUUCACGGCCGAUGAAAUCUCAAUGGAUGACGGCCUUGAACCCAAGUCUCCACUGGAAGUUGACGAGCUGAAACUGGAAAAACACCCCCUGAGUCCCAAUGACCUUUUUGGUAAUACUUUUGUGAAGCCAGGAGCAUCCUUAACCAGCAUCUUCAUAUUUGGAGGGUUUAUUCUCGUUGAUAACGGCACCUCAAAGGCGUUCGAAGCCACCAAUGACUUUCUACGAAUCGACUUGGUGUGUGACGGUGACUUUGUGUCCACCAACAUGGAUCCUGAAGCCAUAAUCUACAAGGUGAAGCUCGAAGACCCAUCCAACACCCCCAAUGCCAGUGGAUAUUGUGCAUCUACGUUGAUAGAACACAACCUUGAGGAGGAAGAAAACUGCCAGUGGAACACCAUCGUCAGACCAUGGUCACCAGGCUCGAUUUUCGACGAUGAGGCCAGCAGCUCCACGUCAAUGCAGACGUCAAAUAGUCGACAUCCCAGCAAAUUGGUCAAAAUCACCACUCCCGAAGAGUUCUACGAGAAAAAGGCGUUGUUGAUUCAAGGAGGAUGCAACCACAACAAUGAAACGUUUUCCGACAUGUACCUCUUCAAGUUUGCGUCUCGUCAAUGGGAGAAACUCGACACAUUUUGCUUCAACCAUUUCGAUAACAACAUUCAACCUUAUGACGAUGAUCCCAGUGAAAACCUCACCAAGGAUAAGCAAAUCGACAAGCCAGAUCUCAUCGAAGCCGAGCUUAGAGCUUCUCAUCAUACAGCCCUUUACUACAAUAAACUCGGCCGUGAGUUUGUUUUUUUCGUUGGAGGGUUCACCAACCACUAUUUGAGGAACUACGACCCCAAGCCCUAUCACAGUGACAAGUUUGAUGUGUCUCGACUCGCCAGAGUUCGGACCACCACCACCAACCAGGAAAUAUGUCGGUUGUUGGUAUACAACACCAAGACGCAAACAUGGGGAUUCUACAAGUACUAUUACGAUAUCCGUAAAAACGUGUCACAGCAGUCGUUUGAGUUGCUCCAACACCUUCGGGAACUUGUCAACGCCAACAUGUAUCAUCAUGGAGCCGGAGUAUCGUUGGACGGCAAGUCGAUCACCAUUUGCCAUGGGCUUGUAACACCUGUGACGGAGAAAAAGGCUGAUUUCGAGGCCUUAGACUCCCAGUUCCCUGGCCCAUCGAUGAUUCUUGGUGCCCAUAUCCAGAUCACCUUCCCAUCUUUAUAAGUUGCAAAUAGUUUUUAGGUAAUCGAUCCGCUUUGGGCACUUUCGCACAUUAACACUCCUGAAAAAUUUUCAAUCAAUACUACUUCUUUACAGAUAUGUUCGGAUUAGGUGGAGCACCCCAGGUCACAAGUGACCAAAAAUUACAGGCGGCUGAAGCCGAAUUGGACAUGGUCACCGGUAUGUUCAACCUGUUGGUGGAACAAUGCCAUGCCAAGUGUAUCAACAAGUCAUAUGGUGAAAGCGACAUUAGCAAGCAAGAAGCCCUCUGUUUGGACAGAUGCGUGGCCAAGUAUUUUGAAACCAACGUGCAAGUGGGUGAACACAUGCAAAAGAUGGGACAAUCCGGCCAGUUUAUGGGAAGACAAUAAGCCCCAAGGGUUUCCAAUAAUCACCGUUUAUGUUUCCGGUUCUGUACAUACUUAUGAUACUUCAAUAUAUAUAUUUACAAGUUCGUCUAGCUCCCCGACACUGCUCGUCCCACGCGCAACUUGACACCCUCCCACGUAUUGAGUUUGGGUCGCACGUCCAAGAACACAUUGGGGUUGUCGUCGGUGGCACUGUAGAAGUCGAUGACAUACUCCACCUCGGUUCCACACCGAUCCACCACCCAAUCGUGCCUGUCAAAUGGUGCCGGGAGCCCUAAAACAUUGGACCGGAACCAGGCCCGAGGCGUCAACUUCUGCGGGUUGCCCUUAAAGCUAGUCAACUUGAUGCCUCCACAUUUUUGGAGACUCUGCUCAUAAAAUGGCUGUUCCCAGUUCAUUAUAUGGUUCCAUGUCCGUUCGUUCACCAAAUUGUGAAUGGGCACCACUGUCUUCAUGUCCUCCGCCUUGGGGUUCCAGUUCUUGCGCAUCAUCGCCUCGUAGAACUGCUUUUCAGACGGAUACACCCAGUUGCUUUGGCUGGAGGUCCGAGGAAUGGAACUGAUCAUUCGGUCGGUGGGUAAGGCCACGUCGUGGGUGGCGGUGGGUGACUUGAGGCCAGAACUCGUGGCAGAGGACAUGGGUUCUUCCACGGCUUCGGUGGAAACUGUUGCUGACACAGAUACCUUUUUUAGCCAAUCACUUCUGGCGUUAUGGUCAACGGGGCAUUUGGGCUGCUCGUCCGUGGUGACGGGUGGUAGACUGACGGGACAGGUGUCUGGUGGGUUGGGUUUCUGGGCCCAGAGCCACAGCGACCACGAGGACCGGGUGGUGUGGUCCACGGGACAUUUGGGUUGGUCUUCACUCAUGGUGAUUAGUGAGAUUUUUAUUGUGCGAAAGCCAAAGCUACUACGUAGACACUAUAUAGAUCAAGGAAGAAUUAAUAAAUCUUCUUCUUCUCAUCGAGUGACAACUCGCCGGCACCGGCAUUCACAAUAAUCAACAAGCCCCCAACAAUCGACAAGGUUUGAAAGAAUUCGUAUUUAAGAAAGUCUCUCGACGAGUCGUGCGAGCCGUAUCUCCAAAACUGAUUGGCAAACACAUUGUAGAUGAACAACAUCAAUGUCAACACCAGCGCCGCAAACUUGGUUUUGUACCCGACGAUUAUGGAGGCACAGGUGACAAACCCAAUCAAGAUCACAAUGGUACGGGUGAAGGACCAUGAGGACGAAAAGGCAAACCCAAUGAACAACAACACCAACAACAAUCUGCCAGCGAGAAGAUAGUACUUCUUGUUGUCCUGGUUCUGUACCAUGGGUAUUCCCGGCACGUUGAAUGACCGUUUGUCUCGAACCAAUGAGUCUGAGAAUGCGAGAAUCAACCCUCCAACCACCGACAAGUUCCUCAAGAUGAAUAAGCCAUCGAAAAUCAAUCCAUAAAACACCCCUUGCAAAAGCACAACCGAUAUCAAUGCAAUGGUGGCAAUCUCAUUGCGCUUUCUCAAGAUCAACAUGGUGGAGGCGGUGGUCAUUAACACGAUGUUGGAGGUUAAAAAAAAUACCGUCAACCAUUUCCAAAUGUGUUUGUAAUUGUGCAAGUAAUAAACCUGUUCACUCCACUGGGUAAAGAUCCGCAACGAGUCUUCGUAGAAGGUGGCGACGAUGAAGAACCGGCCAAUGCUAACCACGUAUGGUUUAAAUGGUUUGCAGUAGUCGUCCACCAAGUCCUCGCACUGCUUGGCGAAUGCUUCGAAUUGAUCCACAAACAGCUUCUUGGACGACACGGCGCCAAUGGAUGGGGUUGGGGGAAUUCCACCCAUGGCAGGAGGCAUGUUUCCCAUGACGGGGGGACUGUUGAACUGCCGAUUGAAUUGAUUUUGUGGUCCUCUGUAUGACAUGUGGUAGUUUGCUCUGAUCUGUUC